AUGAGUGGAGAUGCGGCUUGUCGGCUUUACAGGGAGCGUUGCCAGCAUGUUGGCCAGUGGCGUCCGUCCAGCAGAAGCCGCUGCCGUCGAUCGCCGAGGCUGGCGCCCCUGCCUGUUGGCCUGCCUCUUGGGGGCGUGGCCAACUUCUUCGAGGAAGGAACGCGCUUUCGCAGGUCCACGCGGAUUUGCUGGGCCGGCUCUGGGACCCCCCUUGGCUCGCGGGCUUCGCGCCCACCUUCCAAAGUUUCUGCUUGCGCCGUUUGUUCUUCUGCUGCAGCUGCUGCUGCUGCUGCUGCUGCCACUCCAGCCCUUCCUGCUACAGGCGACCAGCCUAAGUGGCACCUGAUCUCAGCCGUGGCCGCCCUGAUGAUGACGAUGGCGGCGGUGACGGCCUGCGGCGCUCGUGGCGGUGGCAGCAGCGACGUGCUGCCAGCCAUGUCGGCAAUCAGCGGUGGCAGGCGAGCAAGUCCCGAGUUCCGCUAG